UGAGCUCAACCUUUGACAAAUCCCUAAAUUGUCAUCUUCUUUAUUCAAUCCUGGCAAUCAAUAGACGUUGUUGAAGAAAACCAGGAGCCCUACCCAAAUCACUCAACGUCUCUCCAACGGCCUAGGCUCCUGAGAAGGUCAGUGACAUCUUGCAAACAUCUGUAGGCAAUGAUGAGCCAGCUGUCCGAGAAACACGCUAGCGAUCAUGCAAAAGGGAUUGAGGUUUUUGUUGGUGGGUUGCCUCGGACCAUCAAUGAAGAGAAAAUUCGCGAGGCAUUUUCCGAUUGCGGUGAAAUAGUUGAAGUUCGCAUGAUAAAGGACCAGAAAGGCUUUUCGAAGGGAUUCUGCUUUGUGAGAUUCUCGACGAAAGAAUCCGCAGAAAGAGCUGUGAAGGAAAAAACUGGAAUUUUGCUAGAUGGGAAGAAGAUAGGAGUGCUUCCAUCAAGUGAGCAAGAAACACUAUACUUCGGAAAUUUGAACAAAGCUUGGACUGCUGAUGAAUUUAAGAGAAUGGUGCUGCAGAUUUUCCCAGAUAUUGAAUCCGUUGAUCUUUCAAUCAGUAAAGACGCACCAGGUCAAAAGCCGCGGAACCGUGGUUUUGCCUUUGUCAAGUUUUCCUCUCAUGCUGCUGCUUCACGCUCUCUACGAGUGGGCUCUCAACCAGAGUUUCGUCUUGGAAGUGUGCACCCAAUUGUCCAGUGGGCAGAAGACGCUGAAAUUGAUGCAAAAGAGCUUGCUAAGGUGAAAGUAGCCUUUGUGAGAAAUUUACCUGCUGAUGCUGAGGAGAAAUAUUUAAGUCAAUUAUUUGACCCCUACGGGAAGGUUGAGAGAGUGGUGGUGUCCAAAAAAGGUAGCUCAUCUGUUGGGUUUGUUCAUUUCACUGAGAGAUUGGAUCUUGAGAGAGCCGUCGACGAACUGAACGGGAAAACAGUUGGAGGACCUAGAGAAGGCCAAGAGUAUGUAAUCCAGGUUGAAGUUGCAAGGCCUAUGGAGAAAAGCAAGAAGCGAGUUCGUGAGUAUCCAGAAAAUAUUACUUCUAUUCCUGACCAAUCUAAAAUAUUAAGACCGAGUGUUCAUAAUUCCCACAUCUCGAGGAAUCCGGAAUUGGAGCCUGCUGAUCCCUACGAGGAUGCCGUAAUAGCGUUGCCUUUAGCUGUUAAAGAGCGGUUGCUUCGAAUCCUACGACUUGGAAUUGCGACCAGAUUUGAUAUUGAUGUCAACAGUUUACGCACUCUCAAGCAAUUACCCGAGCCUAUUGCUAUAUCCGUUCUUGACCAGUUUAUGAUAUCAGGAUCAGCUUCACAAAAUAAGUCAGCAUACCUAGCUGCAGUGAUCUCUGAACACCUAGUCGAUAAAGUGGGACCGGAUCAGAGCUUGGUCAGUUUGUUGCGAGCUGAGGAUGCUACUAGAAGCGAAUACAAGUCAUUCAACCUCUCGAAUCAUUUGUCAUCCCCCGUUGUUGGUUCCUUUACAUCUCAUGUAGACAAUACAGCUAGGCAUAACUUUUACCAUUCAUCGCAACACCCGGAUUAUCCUUUAUCUAGUCGAGCAAUGUUGAGAAGAGCAGAACAGAGAGGCCGAUCUCCGUAUGAAUCCGAGAGCAUCCCGAUUUCAAGAACAAUACGGGAGGAAGGAAGCCGAUCUCGAUAUGCGUCUGAGACCAUCCCGAUUCCAAGAACAAUACUGGAGGAGGGAAGCAAUUCUCGGUUCGAGGUAACUCCACCACACCCCAGAUCUUAUGGCAGGGUAGCAAUACAAACCGCGGAGCGACAUCUAUCUCCACCCCAAGCAGCACCAAGUUCAUCUUAUGCUAGAUUGGAUCCGAGUUUGAUCUCAGACGUUAGAGGUGUUUCCAGACAGCAAGCGUCCCGACCUCAGAUGAGAUUCGAUCCAUACACUGGUGAGCCCUACAAGUUCGAUCCUUUUACCGGGGAACCAAUAAUUCAUCCAGCCAAUACUGAGCGCCACUUCUGAGGCUAUUUUGGUUUAUGUUAUUUUUCUACUGUAAUACUAUUAGUCGAUGAUUGACUGUGCUAGCUUCCUGUUACUUGACAUACCGAGUUUCAUUUCAGUGCUCCUGGAUUUUUUUUUCAACGUUUACAUGUAAUUAAGCAUUCAGACAGUUCGAUCCUGAACCCAGACCGAACCCAAGUAACCCGAACCAGUGAACCUGAACCGGAAUUAUAAAAUUAGCAACUUAUCCGGUU